AUGGAUCCGAAAAUAAAAUUUUCAACGAUACUUUUUGGUUCUCUCGAGUCUAGUGCUCACGUAAUUGGCGUGAUUUUCAUUGGAUAUGUUGGAGCCAGAAUCGGACUAUUCAACAAAAGUGUAAGAAAGUUCAUGAAAAGUUUAGUUUUUAAAAUAUUGCUUCCGUGUCUCUUAUUCACACAAAUUGGUAGUGGCAUCAACUUGGAUACGAUCAAGAAAACAUGGCCACUGCCCGUCUUUUGCAUAAAAUUUGCCGUGCUGAGUGGGCUCAUAGGAAGUUUUGGUGGAAAUCUUUUGAGACUCUCAAAACUGAAGAAAAAAUUUAUUUUUUCGGCCGUGAUCUUUAACAAUAUCACCGCCUUGCCUGUGGGAUUGAUUAAAGCAUUAGUCAACACAGGUGCUAUGCGUGUUUUGGCGCGGGAAGACGAAGAUUCGAGUGAUGUUAUGUCACGUGGUGUAACCUAUCUUCUUUUGUCAACUUAUUUCAUAUUACUGACAAAAACACUUGCGGAGCAAUUCCUACCAAAAGAUGAUCAACUGGACAAUUCCGACAAUUCCGCUAAUCACAGUGGCGAAGUUUCCGUAGUGAUAACUAACGAAUCGGAUAAGACUGAUACAGAAAUAACACCGUUAUUGUCUAGAAUGAAAAAAACUGGAAAAUUCAACAGAAUAAACAAGACUCUGAGAAAAAUAUUAAGAUUCAUCUCAAAUGUGAUAACGCCACCCAUCAUUGCCGGAACUUGUGCCUUAAUUGUUGGUAUGGUCCCAGAACUUAAAAAAGUAUUUUUUGGAGAUGAAGCUCUUCUCUACCCAUACGUCACAGGCUACUUGAAGUUGAUUGCUUUAAUGACUGUGCCCAUGACACUUUUAUCUAUUGGUGCGCAAGCUGGUAGUAUAUCUAUAUCGUGCCUCGAAGAAAUAAAUCGGGACAUUGUGUAUAUAAUAACAUGUAGAUAUUUGAUUAUGCCCAUAGUUGGGAUCGCGAUAGUGCUCUUGACGAAAGGAUUGAUUACAGAUGAUCCAAUGCUUGUUCUUGUAUUAAUGUGUUUAGCUUGUUGGCCGACUACUAUUGACUUAUUUUCAACAAAAAAAGAGAUGGCAAUGUUAAUGUUCUAUUCUUAUGUGAUAAUGGCGCCUGCAAUUAGUUUCACAUUGAUAGGAUUAUUAUCAAUUGUCGGAUAUAACGUUGGAAAAGUUGCAACCGCACUAUAA